GCAUCCGGAUCACGCUCUUGGGCAUCUUGCUCCAUUUCUUCAACGGUCCCUCCCUGGCCCUGCACGUGCACGGUGCCGACGGCAUGGCCAAAGGAACAAGACACAAUAUCAAGUAAUUAUUCCUCCGCCGCGCGGGACCCCGGCCGUCUGCCAUGCUUCCAUGCGCCUUUGCCGUGGGUGGAAAGCGCUCCCAGCCAAUAGACGACGAACUGCCCCUAGUUUCAGGGGCUCUGGUUCAGGCGGACACGCAAAAGUACCCAUGUUUCCGUCUCCUGCCUCACUCUUUGGUUGCGGCGCAGUCGAAUGAGGCGCCGCCCUCGAAUCCUACCCAUUCACGGCCGAGCUCCGAAAAAACAAAGAGCGGUUUGACGUAUCAUUCUUAUCCCUGUCGCCUACUCAGUCAGCGUGAGACUUUUGCCGGCGAUCCGACGAUCAGGCAUGCCGUCCCACCCAAGGCAAUUCAAGCCCUACGGCGAGGCGUCGUGGCGGCGUGGGGUUGCCCCUUUCCCGGAGGCCUGGGUAGCGGGUUUUACACUGCGAACCAGAGAAAGCUGAGAGCGGCGCAGCAAGCCCAAGCAACGCUGUUGUCAGCUCUCAUGCGCCACGCCAAGGACAGAGUCCGUGGCCGCGUUUCGUCUGAUACCCGAGUUGCCGAGCCGGCCCCGGAUCUUGGCUUUGCUCGGCCCCCAAAUCGAAAAACGACGACCGCGCUCAGCGCUAGACAGGACAGACUGGCCACUGAAAAUUGGCAACGCCCAGGCGCAAAUGUCGCAACGCCUGUCGGCAUGUCGCAGCGCGUGGACUCCUGCGUCGCUGUGGGGGAACUCUGGUCCGAGACAAUGCAGCGAUGUGGUAGAUGAAGCGGAACAGAGAUACGUGCAGUGUUAGUGUCUGAACUCGAAAAGAAGACGAUAACUUCUACCCCGGCCUCCGCCCCUUAUUGGCUGAGAGAGCUAAGGAAGUCUCGAAACACGCCAACGAAUGCUUGCGCGGAAGUUGGCUUC